CUGACAAGCCCGAAAGUCAUUUCCAAUCUCAAGUGGACUUUGUUCCAACUAUUGGGGGCGUCGCUCCCCCUCUUCAUGGUCGCGGGCAAACUUCCUCCUCGGCGCUGCUUCUAAUGGAGCCCCACCUGCUCGGGCUGCUCCUCGGCCUCCUGCUCUGUGGCACCAGGGUCCUCGCCGGCUACCCAAUUUGGUGGUCCCUGGCCCUGGGCCAGCAGUACACGUCCCUGGGCUCUCAGCCUCUGCUCUGCGGCUCCAUCCCAGGCCUGGUCCCCAAGCAACUGCGCUUCUGCCGCAAUUACAUCGAAAUCAUGCCCAGCGUGGCCGAGGGGGUGAAGCUGGGCAUCCAGGAGUGCCAGCACCAGUUCCGGGGCCGCCGCUGGAACUGCACCACCAUAGACGACAGCCUGGCCAUCUUUGGGCCUGUCCUUGACAAAGCCACCCGCGAAUCGGCCUUCGUUCACGCCAUCGCCUCUGCUGGCGUGGCCUUCGCAGUCACACGCUCCUGUGCCGAGGGCACCUCCACCAUCUGCGGCUGCGAUUCGCAUCAUAAGGGGCCGCCCGGCGAGGGCUGGAAGUGGGGCGGAUGUAGUGAGGACGCCGACUUCGGGGUGCUCGUGUCCCGGGAGUUUGCGGACGCGCGGGAGAACAGGCCAGAUGCGCGCUCAGCCAUGAACAAGCACAACAAUGAGGCAGGCCGCACGACCAUCCUGGACCACAUGCACCUCAAGUGCAAGUGUCACGGGCUGUCGGGCAGCUGCGAGGUGAAGACUUGCUGGUGGGCCCAGCCCGACUUCCGUGCCAUCGGUGACUUCCUCAAGGACAAGUACGACAGCGCCUCUGAGAUGGUGGUGGAGAAGCACCGUGAGUCCCGCGGCUGGGUGGAGACGCUCCGUGCCAAGUACGCCCUCUUCAAGCCACCCACCGAGAGGGACCUGGUCUACUAUGAGAACUCCCCCAACUUUUGCGAGCCCAACCCUGAGACGGGCUCCUUUGGCACCAGGGACCGGACUUGCAAUGUCACCUCCCACGGCAUCGAUGGCUGUGACCUGCUCUGCUGCGGCCGCGGCCACAACACGAGGACGGAGAAGCGGAAGGAGAAAUGCCACUGCAUCUUCCACUGGUGCUGCUAUGUGAGCUGCCAGGAGUGCAUCCGCAUCUACGACGUGCACACCUGCAAGUAGGGAGCCAGGGCAUUGGGAACGGGUGAAGUGUGUGGCUGGGCAGAUUCACUGAAGUCCUGUGGAGAGCAGUACCUAAGCCAGGCUCGGCUCUCAGCAUCAGACAGCAAGGAAUCCAGACUGUUGCCAGAUGCACGUGUGGUAAAUUACCUGGACCCAACCCGCCUGCUGACUGGGAGGCCUCCCUCCCUCUCUCUCAUCUUAAGUUUCUCACCCUACGCUGGAUGGUGUGUGGUUUUUAAAGAAGGGGCUUUCUUUUUAGUUCUCUGGGGUCUGAUAGAACAGACCCGAGGCUUAUCUUUGCACAUGUUAAAGAAAAUAAAAAUGGAAAAAAAUUUCUACUUCAACAGA